GGGAUUAUAAGUGGGUUUAAUAGCGGAGGAGAAGCGCCGUGCGGGGAGAACAGGAAGUGAAGCGAAACCCGAGCCAGCGUCGUGAUCGGAUUAGCCCGUUCGGGGCAGGAUGAACACCUGAGGGAUUCGUCUCCAGCGUCCGGCGGGAUCGGCCACCGGUGGAUGGUGUUUCCGUCGGCCUCACCUGGGGAGCAGCGAGGUCCUCUGCGCACCCUCAUCCGUCAGGUCCCGUCCUCUUCCUCUCCGCCGGUCGAGAUGAGUUCCCACAGUCAGCCAGAAAGGCGACAGAGUAAAGAGCAGCCGGAACUUUUUAACUCACCUGGACUAAACCACAUUCCCUCAGUUGAUGUGAGUGCGGUGUUGCCCGUUCCCGUCCCCCCUGCUGCCAUCCCGAUGGACCUGCGCGUGGACCAGUCGCAUUCGCAGCCGCCGCAGUCGCAGCCCCUGUCCCUGGCUGCGGUGGACGCGGGUCAGCGGGAGCAGCAGCUGCAGCAGGAGCUUCUGACCCUCAAGCAGAAGCAGCAGAUCCAGAGGCAGCUGCUCAUCGCCGAGUUCCAGCGGCAGCACGAGCAGCUCUCGCGGCAGCACGAGGCCCAGCUACAGGAGCACAUCAAGCAUCAGCAGGACCUGCUCGCUCUGAAGCAUCAGCAGGAACUGUUGGAGCACCAGCGCAAGCUAGAGCGGCACCGGCGCGAACAGGAGCUGGAGAAACAGCAGCGUGAGCAGAAACUGCUGCGGCUCAAGAACAAGGGGCCCGGCCAGGAGAGCGCGGUGGCGAGCACGGAGGUGAAGAUGCGUCUGCAGGAGUUCGUACUGAAUAAGAAGAAAGCUCUGGCCCAGCGGAGCCUCAACCACUGCAUGCCCAGCGACCCGCGCUACAACUACUGGAAAACCCAGCACAGUUCCCUGGAUCAGAGUUCUCCGCCCCAGACGGCGAUGUCCACUUAUAACAACCCGUUGCUGGGACUCUACGACUCGAAAAACGACUUCCCGCUCCGCAAGACAGCAUCCGAGCCGAAUCUGAAGCUGCGUUCCAAACUAAAGCAGAAGGUGGCGGAGCGGCGCAGCAGUCCGUUGCUGAGGAGGAGGGACUGCCCCAUCACUCUGGCCAAGAAACGCUCGCUGGACGUGGCAGAUUCGGCUUGUAACAGCGCCCCCGGUUCGGGUCCGAGCUCGCCCAACAACAGUUCCAGCAACAUCCCCAACGAGAACGGCAUCACCGGCUCCAUCUGCAACAGCCCUGUCGAGUCGUCCUUGGCACAUCGUCUGGUCAGCAGAGAGGGUUCUGUUAGCCAGCUGUCUCUCUACACAUCGCCCUCCCUCCCUAACAUCACUCUGGGCCUGCCAGCUACCUGCUCUACCACUGUGGCGUCCGGCCAGCAGGAAGGGGAGCGUCUGACCCUCGCAGGCCUGCAGCCAGGAUUACCCAUAACCACUCCGUUUAUCCCCGGUGCCCACCUCUCUUCAUAUCUGGCUGCCUCGGCGCUGGAGCGGGACGGAGGCUCGGCCCACAACCCCCUUCUGCAGCACAUGGUCCUCCUGGAGCAGUCGGCCUCCCAGAAUCCUCUUGUUUCAGGUUUGGGCGCUCUGCCCCUGCAGACCCCCUCCAUCCACAAGCUGCGCCCCCACCGGCCGCUGGGACGGACCCAGUCGGCGCCGCUGCCCCAGAACAGCCAGGCCCUGCAGCAACUGGUCGUCCAGCAGCAGCACCACCAGUUCCUCACCAAGCACAAGCAGCACUUCCAGCAGCAGCAGCAGCUCCACAUCAGCAAGAUCAUGGCGGCUAAGCCCAGCGAGCCCGGCCGGCAGCACGAGAGUCACCCGGAGGAGACGGAGGAGGAGCUGAGGGAGCACCAGGCCCUGAACGACCCGGCGGAGGGCCUGCUGUGUGGGAUCACCAUCAAACAGGAGCCCCCUGACCUGCUGGAGGAGGAACUGCAGCAGCGGGAGAGGCUGGCCGAGCACGAGCUGCUUUUCAGACAGCAGCAGGCUCUCCUGUUGGAACAGCAGAGGAUCCAUCAGCUGAGAAACUACCAGGCGUCGAUGGAGGCCGCCGGGAUGCCGGUCACCUUGCCAGGGCACCGCCCGCUCUCCAGGACCCAGUCCUCUCCAGCCUCAGCCACGUUCCCCAUCGUGGUGCAGGAGCCUCCACACAAGCCGCGCUUCACCACAGGGCUCGUGUACGACACGCUCAUGCUGAAGCACCAGUGCAUGUGUGGCAACACCAACACCCACCCGGAGCACGCCGGGCGAAUUCAGAGUAUCUGGUCCAGACUGCAGGAGACGGGACUGCGCGGCCAGUGUGAGUGUGUCCGGGGCAGGAAGGCGACCCUGGAGGAGCUGCAGACGGUCCACUCCGAACCUCACGUCCUUCUCUACGGGACCAACCCUCUGAGACUCAAACUGGACAGCUCUGUGACACCCAUGUUCGUGAGGUUACCCUGUGGGGGCAUCGGGGUGGACAACGACACUAUCUGGAAUGAGAUUCACUCGUCCAGUGCGGCUCGCUUGGCCGUGGGAUCUGUGGUGGAGCUGGUGUUUAAGGUGGCGUCCGGAGAACUGAAGAACGGCUUCGCUGUGGUACGACCCCCCGGACACCACGCCGAGGAGAGCACCCCCAUGGGAUUCUGCUAUUUCAACUCGGUGGCCAUCGCAGCCAAACUGCUUCAACAGCGGCUGAAUGUUAGCAAGAUUUUGAUUGUGGACUGGGACGUUCACCACGGCAAUGGCACCCAGCAAGCUUUCUACGGUGACCCCAACGUGCUCUACGUGUCUCUGCACCGCUACGAUGACGGGAACUUCUUUCCUGGCAGCGGCGCUCCUGAUGAGGUGGGCUUGGGACCCGGCAUGGGUUUCAACGUUAACAUGGCCUUCACCGGCGGCCUCGAACCUCCCAUGGGUGACGUGGAGUAUCUGGCUGCGUUCAGAACGGUCGUGAUGCCGAUCGCAAACGAGUUCGCUCCCGACGUGGUGCUGGUCUCGUCGGGGUUCGAUGCCGUGGAGGGCCACCCAUCGCCUCUGGGAGGAUACAAACUCACCGCCAAGUGUUUUGGCUACCUGACCAAGCAGCUGAUGGGCCUGGCCGGCGGCCGCCUCGUGCUCGCCCUGGAGGGGGGUCACGACCUCACUGCCAUCUGCGAUGCGUCUGAAGCAUGUGUUUCUGCUUUACUGGAGAACGAGCUGGAACCACUUCCGGACUCCAUUUUGCAGCAGAGGCCCAACCUGAACGCCGUGCGCUCCAUAGAGAAGGUCGUGGAAGCUCAUAGUAAGUACUGGCGCUGUCUGCAGCGUAGUGCUUCUACAGCCGCUUACUCUCUGAUCGAGGCUCAGAAGUGCGAGACCGAGGAGGCUGAGACCGUGACCGCCAUGGCCUCCCUGUCCGUAGCCACCAACAACAUGGGGAAGAGAUCUGAAGAGGAGCCGAUGGAGGAAGAGCCGCCGCUGUAGACGACCGGCGACCCCCCGUGUCUUCGCGUCCUCCUCGGGUUUACAGCGUCUCACCGGCGUGUGACCUCACUCUGCUCUCUCCAACCGUUUCGUUUCGCCCGGCUCCGCGGCACCUCCGCCGCCGGGGCGUCUUCUAGCGCGACGGGCCUGAGACGUCUCCCAAAACCAUCCGAGCGCGCCGGCGUUUCGGUCCGUCUCUGUCCGGAGAUGGUGGGGUCGUGACCCGGAUGUGAGAGCCGGUGCUUUCCGAAAAACAAACAAACGAUUACAUUUGUUUCAUAGCCACUAACGUCCGCAUGGUUUCAGCUGUGGACUUCGUCUCGCCGGUGUUUUGGUCUUAUCAUUUUUUAUUCUUAUUUUUCUCGUCUCGGUUGUUUCGUUUGUUUUGCUUCUUUUUAUCUGGAAGAGAGAAACGUGGUGCUGUUUCAUUCCGGACGGUUUGUGCGGGGACGCGGCGGGGGAGAGCUUCAUAUUUUUCGGGAGGAACUUUUGAGGAAGACGCCCGUCUGAAAUCCCUCGCGGGAGAGACUCUGAAAGCACGUGCCUUUAUAGAGCCGGUGGAUUUUGUGAUCAUUUGCCUUUGGGUUUGACGUCGCCUUAAACCCGUUCCAUGAGGGAAAGGUCAUCGGAAGGGUCCCGAUGCGCCCCUCUUGUUUAUUUUGUUUAGUUUUUUGUUUGUUUUCGGCCUGAAGGACAGAACGCUCUUUGCAUGUUUACCAGGAACGUCCUGCGGACUUGUGCGCGUCUCGCAAACGUUAUCGUCAUUUAAUCGCCGUUUCGUUCGUUUCCCUUUUGCAUUUUCGUCUGCACUCGCUUUCGGACGAUUCUUAAGGUAGUUGCCGGCUGUAGGCGCCGGGGCAGGCGUUUAUCGGCACGGUUUUGGGUCGAAUUCCGCCGCCCGUGUAGCGACCAAAUUUGUAACUUGUACACGCGUCUCUGUUUACUAGCAUGCACUGUUACUGGAACCAUUCCUGAGCCGGUAAAGGAAAACUAAACGCAUGAGCGCCGCUAGCUUCGGGCGCACGAGUUAGGACUGUUAACCUGUUUAUCUCCGUGUACGACCUCGUGGUUUCCGAGAACGAUUCAUACUCUUCAUACUUUUCAUAUUUCACAGCAGCUUUUUAUACGUACGAACGCCACACUGUUCAGAUUCAACGAUCACAAGCGCGACCCUUCUCAGCAGAUUUUUUAAAUACCAGAAUAAGGGCUGGAACCAUGUGCUAUACCACUGAGCCUUCACAUGUACCCAGCGUGACGUUUCGGGUGAACUUCGUGAACGUGAGCGCGUCCGUUUCCACACGUCGCACAAUCCUGGAGGUACUCGGACCACCAGCUUCGAGGUUUCCCCGCGAUCCUCCGACCUGCAUGAGUUUGUAGCCGAGCGCUCGCAUCCGUAUCCGUACGAUCUUUACGUUAUACGUGUGUGUGUGUGUAUAUAUGCGGCGAGCAUGCUUGCUUCAGUAGAUCGAUCCAGACUCACGUUCAGCCUCGUGGCAACUACCUUUGCGAUGUUCCUGCGAACGUUACGUUGAUUAUUUAGUAAAGACGACGACGCGGCUGCCUGAUGCGGUCGCUCAUACAGUCUUAACGGUAAACCGCAUGACUACUCCGGUCCGGUCCGGUCCGGUCCGGUCUGUAUUACUUGCCAGUUUUUCAGACUCUUUUUUUUUUAAAUAUAUUAAUUUCUUUUAUACGUAUUUGAUUUGUUUUCGAUGACGUACGUGUUUCCCUGUUACACUCUGUACAGCUGACAACGUUGUUUUACACGCUCGAAGAUCUUACGGCCUUUUUACGUAUCCGCUCGGGGGUCUGGCUUUUAUUCGGGAGGGUGGAACCGAGACGUUUCUACUUUGUAUAAUGAUUCCGACGACAAUUGUGUAUUUACUAUAUGUUUCUGUUCAUAGUAGAUUUAUAUAUGAAAAGAUAUAUAGAUAUAUAUUAUAAAAGAUUACAA